AUGGAUAAAGGAAAAGAAUUGAUCAACACCAUCAUAGGAGACCCUUCAAGUAUAGAUCUUUCCUUGCUCACGGAUAAUAUCACAAGGUACCAGCAAAAUCUGAUGGGCUUUGCGAUCUGCUUUGUCCUGGGAUUGCUCUUCGUUCUCAUCUUUCCCAUCGUGGCCCUUUGUUUCUGCUGUUGCCGGUGUUGCUGCAAGAAUUGUGGUGGCAAGAUGCACAUGGAUCAGAAGGACAACUCCUGUUGCCGAGUGAUGAUCUAUUCCAUCUGCCUCCUAGCUUCACUCGUCUUUGUCUUUUCCGGUGCUGUGACAGCCCUGUGCAUCAGUGGGUAUACAGGUAGCCAGGCGACGACACUCCCAACCAGGGUCAGCGAUAAUAUUCUAGAUUUCGUGAGAUACCUGAACAACACACUUGAGGAAAUUGAUUUUGUAAUGACUGAUCAACUAUCAUUUACACUGGACCAAGUCAGGACCGAUUUGAAUGAUAUUGGUACUAUAGUUGGUGUUCCUGUUCGCGAGAGUCUCCGAACAAACGUAGGCCCAGCUAUCGAUGCAGUCAUCGACAUGGAGGAGAACAUCAAUGGAACGCUGUUCUACAUGGAAGCGAUCGAUACCCGCCAGGCUCGGAUGGAGAUCGAUUAUGAGAUCCUUAGCACCAACCUGACCAAUAUCUUGAGCGCCCUGACUACCCUAUGUGGUUCUUGUAGCUGCUGCACUGCCGCAACAACCGAGCUGAGGAAUGUUCAGAUAGAUGCAGACUAUAGGGAUAUCAACGUAACUGAGAGUAUCGGAAGCUUCCCACAAGUCUUGGUGAGCCAAUCUAUCGUGGAGCUUACUGAUGUAGCCAAUCGGAAUAUCAGUGACCAAGCUCAAGAGGGAUAUCAAACAUUUGAGGACAUUCCUGACACAUUGACUAAUACAACUUCCUCUGAAGUAGGAGAUAUCAUUACUACCAUUGAUGGACUGGAAGAUACCUUGAACCAAUUCAUCAACGAAACCACUUUCACGCUCCAAAGCACAUCUGGAAGCAUCGAACCUUUUGAGGAACAAGCAAAUAACAUUCUGAGUACUUACGCAAAUGACUAUGAUCAAUACAGAGCCAUUGUGAUGUACGUCUUCUAUGGAUUCAUCCUCUUCAUCGUCGUCCUGUUCCUUCUCGGUUUGCUCAUCGGCAUUUUCUCGUAUGACCGUAAUGCCUCACCCACCGACCGUGGUUCUUGCUCAAACUGCGGUGGACUCUUCCUGAUGGCUGGAGCUGGCUUUGUGUUUAUCUUUGGAACCUUGAUGAUGCUUAUCACUGCACUGACGUUCAUCAUCGGGGGACCGAUUGACCGUCUCAUGUGCGACCCGCUGGUUUCAGGACAGCUCUUUGCCCAGACUGUUGAUUUAGAAGAUGGAAUCUUGGACGAUGGAUACUACCUUGGAAAUUUGAUCUUUAGUGACCCCUCAGUUCCUUUCCAGAUCAGUGGAUUCCUUGAUGCUUGUGAGCAGAAUGAGGCUGUGUAUACUGCAUUCCUACUGGAGAAUCUUUUCAACGUCACAGAGUUUACUGACAUCUCUUCGCAAAUUCCGGAUGUUGAUGAUCAGUUUUCCAAUAUUACUGGAGACUUCAGCUCUGUUGAGAUCUUGACCUCUGACACCAAAGAUACCUUGAUUGACUUCAGGGAUUCUCCGGCUGAUACCAUUGACUGGACCAUUUUCACUAACGAGCUGGACACAAGCCUGCUCUACGAUGGUGACGGCAAUAACGAUACUCUGGUGGAACUCAUCAGCGCUCUUGGUACUGAUGCUGGUGCAGCUUCGGGUUCAAAUGCCAAUAAUCUGAAUGCAAUCAAAGAUGAUCUCCAGACUCUUCAAGAUGAAAUCGUCGAUGUCCUCCUCAGUGAUGCGGUUUUGAUAGCUGGAGAGAUUGACUCAUUAACCGCAUACACAGAUGAUAUUGAUACUGUAGUGAAUGCCACCAUUGCAAAUGCAGAAUCUGCCCAAGAUUUCAUUGAUAACAACGUGGAGAGUGAAGUCCAAUCGUCUAUAGUCUCAUACAGUAACAGAGUACUUGGUUAUCCAGAGCAAUUUGUGACAUAUGUUACUUACCAGCUGGAGAACACAAUUGGAGGCUGUCGUCCAGUUUAUAACCUGUGGAAUCAAGCAGUGAAUACACUCUGCAUCGGAAUACUUCGAUCAUUUAAUGGCCUGUGGUUCACUCUUGGUUGGUGCAUUGUCUUCUUCAUGCCUGCGCUCAUCUUUGGCGUCAAGCUGGCCAAGUACUUCAGGACCAUGGACACCACCGAUGGCUAUGCAGAUAAUGACUUUGAAAUGCAAGGACAGCAGCAUUAUGGCAACAAAGUGGCCCCUUCCUCGGGGUAUCCAGCUGGAGAGAAGAGUAACUACCACCGAUGAGAAAUGCAGUGUACCUGUAAAUGAUGAUAAGGACUGUACCAGCUUGGACCAAUUCCAUCGAUCAUUCUCACACAAAAACCUCGCAAAAGUUGACGACCAUUUGUUUUUAUCCUAACACAUUCCUCAGAUGAUGAAAUACCAGAACCCUGUAUCACAAAACUUGGUCAUUGAUCCAUACAUUUGAUAUAUGAUUGAUUGCACAUACAAAUUAAUACAAUCAAUUGCUAUGAAGUAUUGUGGUACAGGAUCCCCAUGUAUUCAUUUGAGAAAUUUAUCAAAAGCUUUGAUAUACUUAGGAAAUGGAUAAUUGUUUUAAAUUUUAUUUUAAAUGGUAUUUAUUUUUAACUUUUUGUUGUUGUAAUCUCUGUAUCAGGUACUCAGUAAGUUAAUGCAUGACAAUAAAUCAAGUUUAUGGGCAUGACUCACUCAGUGGUAUGAUAAUUUGAGUUAUUUCAAGGCUUUGAAAUUUUUAACUGGACUAUUUUCCAUAUUUUAAAAAUAAACCGUCUGAAAAAGUGGAAAUAUAAUUUGGGUUUCCAUAUAUACUUGUACAAAAAUUCCACCAUAUUUGGCAUUUUUCUCUUCAAUUCUCGUGCUACUCAAAUAGAGGUAUUAGGUGUGUUAUCUAAUCACUGAGAAUUCAGUUUCUAAAAGUACAUUCCCGUCCAGAAAUACGUUAUAUUUUUGCUAUCCGCUGCAAAUGUUUCUUUAAACUGGAAUAUUUAUAAAUGUCAUUGUGAAAUCCAUGUUGUAAAUGUGCAUGUAUAUGUUAUGAUGUAAUUUUUCAUCUUCUUAUAUCACAUUCAGGAAAUGAAAAUGAGAUGGGCCUUAUAAUAACAUGGAAUCUUUCAUAGUCCAACAUGAUCGUCACUUUAAUAAAUGUAGUGUAGCAGUCGGUCUAGCUGUAUCAAAGUCUUUCUAAAAUAAUAGGGCUUUCAUAUUGUCUCUCUAUCUGUUCUUCCAAGUUAUAGUGGGUGACCCCAUGGAAAUCAAUAUUACCAUGCUUUAUUUUCCACUUUCGGUCAUUUUACAUAUGCAUUAAUGAUUGCAUGCUUCAAAAAUAUAAAAAUAAUCCAAAUUUUAUACUAGCCUUAAUGUGGAUUAUGAAAUUGGACUGGAAUAAAGAAUACCUCUUUAUGUAUAAAACUGAGCGCUUAGAAACAUCUGUAUUAAGUGCCCUACAAAUGUUAUGAUGAUUAUUAUUAUGAUGAUGUACAUACUAUCUAUUGAGGUUGUUUGUUUUUCUGUUUAAAUUUGUAUCUGGAUAUUUUAUUUUAUGAUGAGCAGGAUUUUUGUUUUUAUAUAUUCAAUUUUAGAAUGGCAUGCAAUAAUCAAAUUUUCAUUAAAAGUGACUCUACUUCAAAGUGUGAAACUCAUUUACAACAUUCAUCCACCAUUCGAAUUGAACAUAUAUUUGCUUUUAUACUGUUCUUUGAUGCAAUAUCCUGCAAUUAAAUAUCUGGCUGACAGACCCUUUAUUUCAAACUUUUAUUUUCAUAUUCAGAGCUGAGCUUUAUUUGAGAUUUUCAUUUUUCAAAGUACGUAUUUUUCAUUAAGAGGUUUGCAAUGAUAUUUUUUGAGAGGCUGAGGAAAUAAAAAUAUUUUGGCUGCAAAUCCUGAACAACUGUGUUCCUUAAAAAAAAUCAAAGAAUGAAAAUGAAAUAUUGUAAACAUUGAGAAAGAUUUCUUUUAACUUUAAAGACAAAUAAAAAACAAACAAUGAAAUGCGAAAUUAAUUCCAACUUCUGAAUUUGAUAAUAUUCAAGUAUGUUUGUUCAAGUAAUUUAUUUGUAAUUCAUUUCAUGAUUAGAUUUUAUUUUUUGCAUAUUAAUUACAAUGAAGUGAAUAAACUUGUACUCCUAGUAAAUUUGGCGAUACCUGAAAUGCUUGUCAUGAAUUAGCUGGGAAAUAUGACAACAUGAUAUGUUCUUAAUUAUAUUUUCCCUCUUGUACAUUUUUUAUUUCUCCAUGGUAAUUGCAUUCUAAUUUUGUUGAAUGUUCAGAAAUGUGAAAUUUGUGCAGGAUUUGUUUUGAAGAAUUUCAUGAUUUUCAAUGUAAAUUAUUCAAGAAGCAUUGAUUUCAAAAUUAUUAAGGUUAAGAUUUUGCAGUCAUAUGAGACAAUGUAAUUUUUACAUGUAUUUUUCUUACCUGCUUGCCUCUAACUUUUAUAUGUGAUUUCAUUUGAAAUUAUAUAUGUUCUCAUGUUUUCAGAAAUGCCUUUUCUUUAAUUUGAAAUUGUUUUGAAACCCACCAUUCUUACUUUAUGAAAUGUAUGUGUAUUUUUACUCUAUUGCUGUAAUUUACUGUUGAUGGAAUUUGUGCUUUAAUAAGAUUUGUAUGUAGUUAUAGUUUCAGUUGUAAACAUGUGCAGGCAUACAUAAUAUAUUGAAAAUUUGACAUUAUACCAUUAGUUUUAGACAUUUAAGAUUACAAGAAAGAUGUAUAUAUUUUUUGCUCUUGUACCAUCUUGGCUUAAUAUUGACAUAAAGGAAAUAAUACUUUGACGCGUGUUUUGAUUUUUUUUAAUUCACAAACAAUAUUUGAUAGAUUAUAUGAAAAAUGGUAUGCAUUAUGAUAUUGCUUGAAAUGUCUGGCCAGCUGAGAUCGCGCAAAGAAGCAUUUUCUGGCACUGAAAAAUGAUGUCCUAGAAAUAAAUAGCCUUUUGACACUAUGAUUGAUUAUAAGCAGUUAAUACAGCUCGUCAGAUUUGCUUUGUAGCCCUUGUGUCAUGAAAGACACCAUAACUGAGAAAUAUUUUUUAUGGAUGGAGAUUCACCAGUAUAUUCUUGGAUUCCCCAUCCGACGGACAAAGUGACCUGACAUUCCAUCAACCAUUAAAUAAGUCUGCAAAUAUCUAGAUGCCUUUGUUAUGUGCAACAGACUCUUAGGUCCGCAAAACUCAUUUCUUUGGGGAAAGCGAGUGAACAUAAAAGUUGAAUAAAUUGCAUAUGAUGUGGACCAACAAAAGACUGGCCUUUCUUGCUAACUAGUGCCUCUAUAGAUUUUAUAUGGUAGCUGGAAAAAUUUGGAUACAAAAUAUCAACUUCUGAUAAGAUUUUGAGCGAUAAUUGUAUUGUAAAUAUUGGUCUGCUGUGUGAUGUGCAUGUAUUUUAUGUGCAUACAUUCACCAAUACAAUUGUGUUUCAUUUAUCAAGACUAAGCUCAAAUGUAAACUAAAUGUAUUGUUUAUAAUGAAUACAACUUCAGAUUCAUUAUAGUUUGAAGUGAUUUAAAAAGAUAAAUUAUUGUAGUGAGUUUCAAGAAAUAUGAUAUUAUACCCAGAAAACCAGGGAUGUGUAAAUUAAUGAAGGAUAAUGAUAUUUAACUUACAUUCGGCUGAUAUUUUAAGAGUCUGCUUUUGUUUUUUGCAAUAGAUAGAGUAGGAUGCAGUGAAUUGAUAGUUUAACGUCUCAGAUUGACCUUGACAUUUGCAAGUAAAUUAUUUGUAUAUAUGGGAUCUUCAAAGAAAAAUAUUCCUAGUGUACAGAAAAUAUAUUUGUGUACUGGUUGUCAAAUUUUCAGAUAUUCUGUUUUAUGUUGGAAAAAAUUAUUUAAGUAAGUUGAUAGUAAAAUAAAUAAUUCGCAUGGAAUGAGGAAUGUGCCUAUAUUGGGUAUCAAGUAACAUUGAUAUGCUAAUACUGGAUUCACAUGAUAUUCUUUUUAAUGAGAACUUGACUUCUUUAAUAAUACUCCAGUAGAAUUCAUGAAGGAGAUGAGGAGAGGGUGUAAAACUUAAAAUGAUUAGUGGUUCAGAGUAAAUAUAUUUUAGCAAUGUCACUGAUUCAGAUUGUGUGAUGUCGAAUAUAUUUCACUGUAAAUAAAAUGAUCACGUACAUGUAUUAUAAGCACUUGCACUCCUUAACAUCCCAUGUUGUAGUCGCUAUGGUUACAUGUAUGAGAGGCAAUUAGUUUUGCUAAGCAUCUUACCAAAAGGUCAGAGCCGCCUCAACUUUUCAUCCAGAUCUCUACAAUUUCACCCAAAUCUCCGUAUUUUAUCAUAGAUCAUGACAAUGGGGCAGCGUAAAAGCUUCAUAGUGCCUUUGCAGAAAGGUCUUUGCCGCAUCUUUCCCGCAGCCCCAUUGUUCUGUGAUUAAAUUUGAGGAUAAGAUUGAGAUGAGGAGAUGCUUGCGGGAUUCCUUGGGGAAAGAUGCAGCUUUGGUUUUUGGUAAGGUUCUUGUUUGGGGUAGGUAUACAUACAUGGACAUGUACGUACUCUGUAAUGGUCUCUCCACAUGUCAAGGCGCUGAAAUGUAAUUGCGAUGAAUUCAGUAGAUCCAAGAUUAAAUACUUGUAUUUCUUUUAUUCUUGAAAU